CAAACACCCCCCUCCCACCCAUCCAACUACUAAAAAAACCACUCAAGAUGACUCAACCAACAACAACAGCAACAACAACAACAGUACCAUUCAACAAAACCAAAACCAUAAUCACAACAACAACAACAACAACAACACCGAAACCAACAACAUCAACAUCAACACCAAACGGUCAACAAGAACAACAACAACAAGAACAAGAACAUCCAUCCUCACUAACACCACUCAGGGCUCACUACCUCAAACGAGAACUAGUCACUCUCCAAUUUGCUGCCGAACUAGAGAGCCUAUCAUCUCCCCAUGUACUCUCAAUACUCGGACCACCAUUCCUACCAAGCCACCUCUUCAAGGAUGGCAUACCAACCAUCUCCGAAUCAUCAGCAAGCUCAUCAUCACUAUCACCAUCACCAUCAUCAUCAUCAUCAUCACCCUCAAAAUCACCAGCAAACCAUCAACACCAUCUCAAUCAACUCCAACAACGUGAUCUAACUCAAAACACCGACCUACCCUUCCUAAGGUUCUUCUUCCACAAAUUCGUACUCUCAUUCCCAUUCCUACAGAACGUACCACCCACCUUCUUCUCUCACAAACUACAACCAUUCGUCUACUCCUUCUUCUCUCGCAACAUCACUCGAACAGAUGAUCGCGAGGAGGAAACCAAACGCCAGAAGAUCGCCGGCAAGGUCGAGAAACAUCUAGCACUCAUCAUGGCUGCUGCCAUCAAACUAUCCGACAAUCGAGGUCAAGAACAAGUCGUCAGAGUCUCACCUAAUAUCGACCCCACUCCAAACGAUGAUGAUGCAUUCGUCUCAACUCCCAUCAUCCCACCACCUCAGGACAGUCAACUACCCAACAUCCCAUCCCUAACCAUUAAUCAAGAUCAACAACCACAUCAACACCCACUCGUCAACAUCUCCUUCGAUCUCAACGUCGUUGCCAUCCGCAAAGUCCGUGUCAAAUCUCGCAUGAGGUCUAAGGUUCAUGAGGAGUUUGUCAUCAGAACUAGGAGCCAAUCCACUGGUGAAAUCUACGUCAGUAGAAGAUACCGGGAUUUCUUCAAAUUGGCAGAAUCUUUGAGGGUCGAAUUCCCAGAUAUCGAUAUCCGAUCACCCCCACCAAAGGAUCGAUCAGCAAUUCAUACUGAUGAUGUGGCUUCACCCACACUCAACAACAACUCAUCACCCACCCUCGGUGGCUCGACCGAAGAUUCACACCAUCCAACCAAGAUUCAUUUCAUUCGAGAACACAACCGACUGACCCUACGUGCUUACCUUCACCGACUCUUAACCAAGCAAGAGAUCUCAAAUUCAGAGCAGUUCUAUAAGUUCUUGACCGACGAACCGAUCGAAUUGAGCCAGGAGGAGAAACACGACGCUGAGAAUCGAGAGGCAAUCGAUCGGGCACGUGAAAAUGAGAAGAAUCGGUUCAGAUUAGAGGUCGAAGGCCGAGUGAAAGAAUUGGAUGAUUAUCUGCGCAAGUUCCGCGAGGAACUCGUCAAGAGUGAUGGGCUUUCCAGGGUCUUUGCUACCAUCAGAGAAGUCGACACGAUCUCAAAGUUACCCAUCGAAUAUCGUAAAGUGAUUGAAUGGUCCAGAAUCUCAAUGGCUUCCACAAUUUAUCAAAUUUUCCUUGGUUCAGAUAACUCAUCUGCCUCAUUUGCUCAACUGAAACGGAUGCAUGCACUCCUACCCUACUGGGCCAUGCGCGGAGUGCUCAAAAUCUCAAACCCCGUGGCCAUGAUUCGAGGCGUGUUGGACUUGUUCUUGGCCAGGCCUUUUGGAGCUACGAGUCUGGUUCAAAGGAUGUUUUCAUCAGGGUUGUAUGAGGAGAUUCGGGAGUUCAAAGAAGAUGCCGAGAAGGUCGCAUCGAAAAUUGCAGACGAUAGGAUGUGUGAACGGAUCAAGACGUUCGUUGAAGCACCUCGAGAGAUCCAAGAAAUUUUCGAGUCUGAUGCCAAAAGUGAAAAUGUUGACCUGAUUGCGGUCAUCUUGAGAUCUCCUGAGGGUCCUAAGCUUGACAAAGCAGCUUACCAACGCAUCCAACGGGCUUCUCAGGCGUAUGAAAAAUAUAAGGCCUACCGAGACGGACUGGAUGAUCCAACGUUGGAUGAAGGCCCUGAUAAUGAUGAUGCCUGGCUGUUUGAGGAUCUGCAUGUCUACAUGAAGUUGCUCAGAAGGUGUAGAGAUAAAGAGCAGCUGGUCGAGCUCAUCUUUGAGGGAACUACUUCCGAACUCUUGAAAGAUAUCGUGACUAUCUUUUAUGCACCCUUGAUGCAAGUUUACAAGGCUGCCAAUAUUUCGGACUCGUUGGUCGAUCUGCAAAAAUUCAUUGAUGAUCUCAUCCGAACCGUAGAGCGUGCUGAUGAGGUUGCUGUGCGAGACGCGCAGAAGAUUGUCCAGACGUUUGUUGAUCUGGUCGCACGGCAUGAAGGAGCGUUCUACAACUUUGUCCAUCAAGUUCAUUCAAAGGGAGCCGGAUUAUUUGAUGGCUUGAUGCACUGGAUCGAGCUAUUGGUGAACUUUGUCCGACAAGGAUUGACAAACACGAUUUCCUUAGAGGCGCUCCUACCGCACCCAGACACGAUGGAAAGAUUAGCAUUGAUGAAUGAGAUCGACGAGAUCAUCGAGUACCAUCGCAAGUUGAAGAUCGCCCACCACGAGCGGAUGAUGAGACGGCUGGCCAGAGACGGGCCGGAGGAGCGCUACGACCGGGAGAAGGAUACGGCAUUCGUCAGUGGGGUGAUGCAGAACUUGAACCUUAGCGAUGGGGUAGUCAAGGAUGUGGAGGAAGCAGCAAACGAGGAUCUGGAUGACUCGGAUCAGGAGGAGGAGGACGAUCCAGGGCGGAUGUCGACCUGCUCCAGUGCCAGUCGAGCGCCCGACGAAAAUCCCACCACUACCCAUCGUAAACUCAAUCAUCAUCAGCGUCGAAAUGGGAGUCCUGCUCACAAGUCUAAUAAGAACAAGGAUAUAGAACCGCCUAAUCUGGUCAUCGUACCAACCCUAACUCCCCUGUUCACUGAGCUAGUCAAAAACCUCUUGCAUUAGAACAGUUGACAGUUUUUACCUUUCAUCCAAUUUGUUUUUCUCUUAUGUUGGAGAACAUUCUGUGAAAAAGGACGGGUUUUUUUUAAAAAAACAAUUAGCUACACUUUUAAUGUGUUUGAUUUUUCUCUUUAGACUUGAUAUAGGUCAACAUUUCACUUAUGUACACAUUUUGUGUUCAACUUGUACAUUUGUACAGAUAAUCUUCAUCCUUUUCUUUCUAGAUCUGAGCCCCCCCCUUUUUUUU